AUGAUGGAGCCUCCUUCUCUUGGGCAGCGUCUGCCCACCGCCAACGUCGUGCUCUUCCUCGCCCAACUUACAGUCGCCAUCGGCGUCUCUAUUUUCGCUCCUGAAGGCUCCUGGUCUCCCUCUUCAACUCACGCUUCCGCAUCAUCCGGAGCUUUGGACAGCAGUGGAUCAAUGGCACUGGUGCCCGCUGCGAGCCCUACAGCCUCCACACUCACGCCGAACAAUCCACUAGCACCUCCAGCCUACGUAUUCUACAUCUGGGUGCCAAUCUACAUCUUCACGGGCAUCACCGUCAUCACCGAUCGCUUCUACCCGACCUACAGCUUCUACCUCACAUCGGACGACCCGAGCUUCCUACGACAAUGUUGGGUGCACAUGGCUACUUUUGCGCUGACUGUGCUCUGGUGCACAAUGCUGCCGCUCUACCUCUUCGUGGUGCGUCAUCCUACGCCAAGAUACUCGCAGGCAUGGAUCUAUUAUUUCUGCAGCGAAUUCUCCGUGCGUCUCUACUUCGGCUGGCUCAGUACUGACGUGAUAUUCAGCAUAGCCGAUGUGAUGCAAUAUUUACACGGAGGAUACUUUGGCUUCAGUGUAUAUGCGAUGUUACUGGGGGCGCUGCUGCUGUUGGCUUUCGGCACGUAUGUCCACGGCCGGGAUCCGGUUGUGGGUCUUGUGGUAACGUGGGCACUGCUCGGUCUAAUCGCGAAGCACGCGACGUUCCCUGGAGACACACAGGAAGUUUUCAACAAACUGCGCGCUGUCGCCAUCGUCGUUGCGCCCGUUUUCCCGAUUUUAGCUCUCAUCGACAGCCUACGAUACGUCUACGUCGUCCAUUGGAAAGCUUCCAGGGUUCCAACCAGCAGCAACGAGUACUACAAGCCAUUUGUGUUCGAGACCACGGCUGAAUAUGGCACCGUGUGA